AUGACAGAGUCUCAAGACACACCAGAACAAUCUAAUCCCGACGCCGAAGAGUACGAGUCCAAGUUCGUGCAUGAAGUGUAUCAGCAGAUUGCUAGUCACUUUUCCGAGACGAGAUACAAGCCAUGGCCAAUUGUCGAACGAUUCCUUCUCGAGCAAAACCCAGGCUCAAUCGGUCUUGAUAUCGGUUGCGGAAAUGGGAAAUAUCUAAAAGUCAAUCAGAAUGUAUUCAUAAUCGCGUCUGACAGAUCCGAAGCCCUAGUUCGAAUCGCCACGCAACAUCAACCUCAUUCAACCGUGGUCGCAGACAUUCUCAACCUGCCGCAUCCCGAGUCCUAUUUUGAUUUUGCCAUUUCAAUUGCCGUGGUACAUCACCUUUCCACACCGGAGCGAAGGAGACAAGCUAUAUCAGCUAUUCUGCAAACACUCAAACCAGCUGACACUGGCGGGGGAAAAGCAUUGAUUUACGUCUGGGCCUUGGAGCAAAAAUCUAGCCGUCGAGGCUGGGAUAAAGGUCACCAGCAAGAUGUGAUGGUUCCCUGGGUUAUGCGCAACAAGCCCGCUGUCACGAAACAUAAGUAUGGACAAGAAGAAUCAAACCAGGACAAAGCCGAGGCACAAGACAAAAUAUUCCACCGAUUUUAUCAUCUAUAUGAAGAAAACGAGCUUGAAAGAGAUAUUCGUGCCGCAGGUGGUGUGGUGAUUGAAUCUGGAUAUGAAAAGGAUAAUUGGUGGGCGAUUGCGUCGAGAGCCUCCUCUCCUUUCCAUACAACACAAGCCGGCAGCUGAUCUUUCGCCCUGUUCUCCUCUCCAGUAUGCACUGCAGACUGCAACACAUCUAUUCUAAUCGCCCGCAAAAGUGGUAUCAAUCGUCAUAUCCUC